GUCAUGACAUCACGAGCCCAGUGGUGGAAGGCGGAAGUAGAGCGACAACAACACCAACAGCUGCCAGACUUCUACUUGAAAAGACCGCAAGGAGGAUAAAAACAUUUAUUUCAUUUGGUGCCAUAAACCUCCAACGGUCAACACACAUUGUCUGCGUUGACGUUGGGCACAAACAUGUCGCUGUUUGGUAAGCUAUUCGGGACCAAGGGAGGCAAGGCGCCAACACCCCAGGACGCUGUACAGAAACUACGAGAGACGGAAGAGAUGUUGACCAAAAAACAAGAGUUUUUGGAGAAAAAAAUCGACCAGGAGACGAUGACAGCCAAAAGGCACGGCAUGAAAAACAAACGAGCGGCGCUACAGGCCCUGAAGAGAAAAAAGCGGUACCUUACCCAACUGCAGCAAAUCGACGGCACAUUGUCCACUAUAGAGUUCCAGAGGGAGGCGCUAGAGAACGCCAACACCAACACCGAAGUGCUGAAGAACAUGGGCUUUGCUGCCAAGGCCAUGAAGGCCGCACACCAAGAACUGAACAUCGACAAAGUGGACGACAUGAUGGACGACAUCACAGAACAGCAUGAGAUCGCACAGGAAAUUACAAACGCCAUUUCCAAUCCCCUUGGUUUCGGGGAGGACGUGGACGAGGAUGAGCUCCUGGCAGAGCUAGAGGAGAUGGAACAGGAAGAGCUGGACAGAAAUCUUCUGGAAGUGGAAGGAACGUCAGACGUUCCUCUGCCAAACGUCCCGUCUACAUCGCUGCCAUCCAGACCAGCCAAGAAGGAAGAGGAAGACGAGGAUGACAUGGCCGACCUGCACGCCUGGGCCACCAACUAACCUAGCAGGCCACGCUAGCUGGCGUCCACCCCCUCCCUCCCCUCUCCUGCAAAGGGGUAGCCAGACUCUGGACUGCUGAGCUGGCACGCUGCUCCAACGUCCCUGCGGCCCCCCCCCCACAACUCCAUCUUGUAGUAUGCACUCGUGCACAUGUUUGAGCGAGAAGGUCUGUGUUGCUCCAUCGGUUCUCACCCGAGUGCACGAGUGCAUACUUUGAGGAGCAACACCACGUCUCCAAUGUGAGGAAUCAUCAGGUGUGCGCUGAGGGGGUCAUGGGCGUGGCUUGGAUCCAAAACCAGAGCAAUGACGCAACUCUUGAGAAUUUGUGCUCGUCAUGUUCGUCAUAAGAGUCUUUCCUUAUCACCAUGAAGGUGAUUAAAAAAAAGACAUAUAGGUGAUGAUGCAAUGGGGGCAGGGGGAACAGUUCACUACACCUUCUUUAAAAAACAUGAGAACUUUUAUAAUCUCAUUCUUUGUUGUUAUUGUUAAAUAAACCUUCCUUGCCAGACUAAAUCAUCAAAAGACUGUACUUUUAUAAUAAAAUUAGCUGCUGUUUAUUUAACUCUGUUGUCCUCCAGAACUGCAUCAGCCGGUUCCUGUCAGACCCUCAAGCUGCUGAUCCUGCCUGUCCUUUCUCUUGAACGCAAAUUCUAGUCCGCAUUGAUGACUCAAGGCAGAAACAAGCGUUCUGUCAUAGCUGGGUUAAAUUUAACUUAAGAGACUGUUUCAAUGUGGCCACUGUCGUACCACCUUUGACUUGGUGACCUCUCGACUCAGCAGUUUAGGCUAGUCAGUUACAGCGCCCUCCUGAGGUUGUAGCUUGACAUAGAUGUGCAUGAUUUGCAGCUGGUUGGCAGCAGUGAAACCCUCUUUUCAUAAUGGACCCAGUCACAACUUAACUUUAGCAUCAAAUAAUGUAUUUGAAAUGUUAUACAAAUGUUCCAAUAGGAAGUAAUGGAAGUACACAUGAUCAGUUCCAAAGUGAAACUGUGAACAGCAUUUUUAGAAAUGAAGAGAAAACAAGGGAUUACAACAUGUACUGAACUGAAUUAUAUUUAUAUAGCGCUUUUCUCUAGUAACUCAAAGAGCUUUUACAUAGUGAAACCCAAUAUCUAAGUUACAUUUAAGCCAGCGUGUGUGGCACCGGGAGCAUGUGCCCAAGGACACAACGGCAGUGAGUAGGAUGGCGGAAGCAGGGAUCGAACCUAGAACCCUCAAGAUGCUGGCACGGCCACUCUACCAACCGAGCUAUACCACCCCAUGUAUCGAUAUGAAAGUUAUGUAAUUGUUUUGGAUAUUAAAUGAGCGUAAAUUAAUUUACUAAAGUUCAAUAAACUGAGCUAUCCAAACAUAA